UGUCUAGCAUAUUUUCCACAUAUAAACCUUAAGAGUCUAUAAAAACUUUCUUUUUUUUUUUUUUUCAAAUUCCCUUGAAGAAUUCUCCUCUGAUCUUUCAGACUGCACGUUGUCAAUGGAGACUAUUAGAGACUGCCGCCGCCGCCACCAGAAACUCGCCAAAGCCGCCGGUUUCGAAUCCGAUACAGAGGUAAGUAGUGCUGAGUGGGGAUCCAUAAGCUUGACAAAAGAAGAAGAAGAUCUCGUCCAUAGAAUGUUUAGACUCGUCGGAGAAAGGUGGGACUUAAUAGCCGGCAGGAUCCCCGGCAGAACAGCAGAAGAAAUAGAGAGGUUUUGGAUACAGCAGAGGAAAUAGAGAGGUUCUGGAUAAUGAGACACCAUGAUAUGCUUGCCGAGAGAAGAAGAAAGCAGAUAUAUUAAUAUAGAAUUCUGAAGUUUAUGGUCAUCCAAAUUUUAAUUGGCUUUAGAUUAGAUAAAUUGUUUCUUUCUUGAAAUUGCGAAAAAAUGAAGAGGAUUGACCUAUUAAUAGUACAUAACCUUUCCAAUUAGUAUUAGAUUUCUUUCUCUCUUUCUCUUUUUCUUUCUUUCUUUCAAU